UACUAGGUACAUCCAACAUUAUUGUUGGUGCACCCAAUAUUUAAAAAAAAAAAGCCAGAAAUGCUCCUUCUUCUAUCUUCUUCUUUAAAAAGGUGGGUGCACAGUGCUUUUCGCUGUGAAACUUUUUUUUCUUCCAUUUCUCUCUUCCGUGUGAUUUUUUCUUGCAAUAGGUGAGCUUCGGUGAAAGUGAAGGGGCUGGUCGGUGUUUAAUGUUGUGGUGAUUGGUUCGACGUCGGCGACAAACGAGCUACACAUUUCUGCUGGGUGUGCGUGAGUGAGGUGGUCUGUAAAUCAUAUGGAUCAACUUAAUCCGUAAGACUGAUACGAAUCAAGUUGAUCCGUAUGUUGAUAUUAAACGUACGGAUCAAGUUGAUCCGUAUAAGCCUUAUGGAUCAACUUGAUCCAUAAGCUUAUACGGAUUUUGAAUUUGUAACAUUUAUUUAAGUUUAAUUUUUUUAAUUAUUACUUUGUUUAUAUUGUCAUUUUAAAAAAUAAUUUAAUUGUUUAUACGUGUAGAAUGAUAUAGGGUUUUUGCAUUUUACUAAUUAUGAGUUAUUGUGACUGACAGUAAAAGAUUAGAUGUAUUAUAUGUAUUGUGCAGUUACUAAUCAUGAGUUAUUAUGUAGAGUUUUGUAUUAUAUGUAUAGUGCGGUUAAGUGUUGUAUGUCUGUGUUGAAAUUUUUGAUUUAUUAUUAAGAUGAACGAAGAUCAAUGGAUGUAUGACACUAUAAUGUCUGGAGAAGUUGAUAUGGAUGAUCAAAAUGAACAAGAAUGUGGUGUGAAUAAACCACAAGUUGAUUGUUCGGAUGCGUUCAAUACUUCUCAGGUGUUUGACAACCGAGAUGAUAUUUUGCAGUGGGCUCGAUCUGUUGCUCAUGAAAACGGAUUUGUGGCGGUCAUUAUAAGGUCUAACACAAACACUAGUAGUAGAGGAAAGACUUUGUUUGUAUUAAUUGACUGUGAAAAAAGUGGUGAGUAUAGGUGUAGGAAUAAAGAAUUUGUUAGAAGAAAUACUGAGACUAUGAAAUGUGGGUGUCCCUUCAAGUUUCGUGGCAAACUAGUGGUUGAAAGGCAAGGUUGGAUGAUGAAGUUGAUGUGUGGGAUUCAUAAUCAUGAACAUACCUGAAGUUGGUAAUUGUUAUCAGUAAUGCUUUGGGAUUGGGACUAGCUUUCAUUGUCGUUUGGGUGCUUUCCCUGGCCCAUUUGUAGGUCCAUCAAUAUUCCUUCAUUAUUAUGCUGCUUGGUUCAAAUUUCAGCUAGCCCAAUUGUGUCUAAUUGACUUGUAUAAACUUGGACUCUAUAACCAAUUAUAAAUAUAAGUAGUUGGGCUUUUGGCCUUUUUUA